AUGAAGACAAGUUACCUUGAAUCUAAUUUGAAUGCGUACCAAUUGGAAACUGUGAAUACGAUCAAACAACAACAGCAGGAACAAUUGCACGAGCAACAGCCGACAACCGAUUCUUCCUCGACUCCCAUGCCUCUUUCCCUUUCACAGCGCAAAAGAGAUUUAUCAAACGAGACGAACGUCAUCGUGCCCGAUAGUCCCAUGAGUCUUCGAACAAUAUCAAGCCAAAAACCAAUACUCGAUAUUCUACCUUCCCCAAUUUCACCAAGAUUCAACCAAAUAUCUCAUCUGCCAUCACUAACAACCUCCGAUGGAUCACAUGAUCAUGACCAAUACGAGGAAUACGAGGAAUAUCUACAAUUCGAAGGAGCUCUUAAGGCCCUCGUCUAA